AUGCUGAGCACCUCGACGACCAACGGCCACCCCUUGUUUGCGUUCGGUGGGGGGAAUGGGCCUUCUGUUCAAGACGGCGGAGAUACGACGGGCGCCUACGACUUUUUGCCCUCUGUGAGCUUCGACGAUCUCCAGAGCAGCCUCGAGUCCGCGUCCACCGACUUCAAGCUGACCCAGUUCCCAUCACCCACCGGCCAGGGCAGCAUCCUCGAGUCGGGCACCAUGACUGAAAAACCACCCACCGCUCUUCCCAGUGCCAGCACGCCCCGUGCCGCUGGAAACGCGCCCCCCGUCUCGCGCCCGGGGCGGUCCGGCUCCAUACUCAGGCGGCCCAGCACGUCGACCCGACAGACGAGCAUCUCAUCCACCAUGUCGGCCUCGUCUGGUGGUGUUGGUGGUGGCGGUGGCGUGCUCGACGCACCGACGGCCCCCGCCGCCAUGAGGAACCGCCGACAGAGCCACUACCCCCCCGUCUCUAACAGCAACAUUGCGAAACCUCCCAGGAAAUCGAUCGGGCCCGGCAUUCUGGACGGAGACUAUGCCUCUCGGCCGGGCCAGAAGCGGCGGCCGAGUCUGAUAUCGAACGCCGGCAGCAGUGCCGACUCGACGCGCACCUCGAUUGACGGAACAAUGAACAGCGGCUUCGACACGACUCGGACGUUUACGAACGUUCGCACCGCCAAGGCCAGGUCUAUUGGACCGCCGCUGCCUCGAACAAACUCGGCAAGCCUGACCGCAGGAAACAUUAUGACACCGGAACAGAACCGUCUGUCGGCCGCCUUCUCGCCACGGUCGCCCCGCGGCGCAGGCAGGGGAACCAUGGCCCCCGGCUCCGCGCAGUCUACGGCGAGCCAGAAGCGUGCCUCCAUCAUGCCCGGCAUGCCUCACUCCUCGCAUGCUACCGGCCUCGGCGCCCGGACCAUUAGUCCUACCGAUACCCGGCGAAUGAAGCGUCUCUCGACGCAUCAGCCUCAGAGCCUUAACCACAUCGCCGAUGCACCCCCUCCGCCGCCUCUGGAGCCGCGCGAGCACUCGAGGUCGCCCUCCAUGAUCCCCCGAAAGGCUUCGGCCACUCCGUCAUCGUCGCGAACGACGCCCGAUAUCAAUAGAAAGUCGUACAGCUCCGGCCUGUCGAUUGGUUCAUCAAACAGCUUCAACACUGUCAGGACGUCGACCGGCUCGAUUCAGCCACGCAUCCCACAGUCGGGGUCUACGUCACGCCUGCCAGCACCCAAGUCAUUGGCGUCUCACUCUCACGGCAACAACGCCGGCGAGGAUGCCGAAGACGUGCCCCCGGUUCCCGCCAUCCCGAAAGCGUACGAGUCCCCCAAGGAAUCAGCGGUCGACAUGUCCUUCAUGGACAAGAGGAGGGCCAAUCUGGCCGCCGAUGCCAGCAGCAUUCAUAGCAACUCUACCGGCAGCUUCUCUAUCCCCCCUGCGCUGGAGCCCAUCAACAGGGUAGGACGGAAAGCCAGCACACGAAAAUCGACGGCUGCCAUGCCCGUCGAGGGGGACAAAAAGGCGAACCCCCCCGUCACCAAGAGGAAUCCGCCGGGCAUGCGCCUUCCGCCCAUCACGGUCGGGCCUCUCAAUCCUUCCACUGCCGCCAAAGUAGCGGCUCUGCAGGCAGGGCAUUCUGACAGGAAUCUGAGUCCUCCCCCCUCGCGCAUCCUCGCCAAGACGCCAUCGACGCCCAUGACGGCCUCGAAGAGCAGCUUCUUCUCUCGCAACCACAAUGACGAGAAGAUUGAUCUCCCGAACCUUCGCAGCAGUAGCACGGUGAAUCACAACCGACUCGACAGUGCGUCCGGUGUGGAUGGAGGAAGCUCGUCCGAGUCUCUGAUGGGCAUGACCAAGAAGACGCGUCGCAAGCCUAGCAUGUCGCCGUUCUUGUCAUCCUCUGUGCCCAAGAACGAUCCCGACGCUGCGUUCAUCAAGAGGCCAAAGACGGGUGAUAUCGGCAACCUCACUGAACCCAUUCCUGAGGCGAGCCCCCAGCGCAAACCUUCGGGCCCACGCCCGCAAAAGCCAGUCAAGGCUAAGCCCAAGUCACCCGUACCGAAUUCCGACCCCGAGGAACCUCCCACACCGUCCUCCAUGAGCUCGCUCCGCCGGAAACUCAGUCUAUCAUGGAAGCGAAGUGCCUCCAAGAACGGCACCGCCCAACCUGCAGCUACGACGGCCAAGCCGACAGAGCCAAGCGUGCGACAAGACAGCAUGCCCCCGCCGCGGAUCCCCAUCUCUGCCACCGUCGGCAACCUCGGCAGCAUCGCCAACCCGUCGAGCCCCCACGUCGGAACCCCCAAGUCCACUGGCACCUACCUCGAAAGCCGGCGUCGGAAGAGCUCAGCGUCUAGCUUGCAAACUUUCGGGCACGAUCGGACCAAGAGCGACAACUGGGCCCCGAAUGGCACGAGCACCCCUAGGAAGGAAAUGCCCGGCGAUACGCCAAAAGAACGUACCCAACCAAUGCCUCGCAAUGCGUCGGUCAUGCAGAAGAUCCUCAGGCCCAAGGCUUCUGCCGCCACCAUGCGGGCCAACGAUCCAUGGACCGCAGAUCUCGACAAGGACGACUUGAUCGCAGAGGAGGAAAUCCGAAAGAUGGGCUCGAGGAGGAAGGAAACUGAGAUUGCCGCCCGGACGCUUGACGCGCUCAAGAAGCGCGCCACGCCCAAGGAGAGGGUCGGGCCUCAUGAGGCCAUCAGGAUAGCCAUGCUGAAUCUCUAUGAGCGGGGCGAGAUUAUUGACUACAGCGAUGUGUACUUUUGCGGGACGCAGAACGCGCAGAAAGUGGUGGGCGACCUGCAGUCCGACAAGCCCAACUUUGGCUAUGACGACGAACGGGGCGAUUACACCAUUGUCCCUGGCGACCACCUCGCAUUCCGGUACGAGAUCAUUGACAUCCUUGGCAAGGGAAGUUUCGGACAGGUCGUCAGGUGUAUUGACCACAAGACGGGUGUUCUGGUGGCCGUCAAGAUCAUUCGCAACAAGAAGAGGUUCCAUCAACAAGCUCUCGUCGAAGUUAACAUCCUGCAAAAGCUUCGCGAAUGGGUACGUUGCCUUUUUCUUUCUCGUCCUCCUGUUGAGAUACAAUAA